UGCUGGAGGAGGAGGAAGUCCUUCUAGCUGAAGACACCCUCAGCAUCCACACUGAUCUAGCAGAUAACGAACCAGUGACGAACGAGGUCCGCAAGCACUUUCUUAGGCAACUUAGUGUAAUAUCUUCUGAGGGAGGAGAAUGUCCCAACAAAAUGUCAACGAAACGAAGAGUCUGUGAAAAGAAGCCAGCAGAGCCCCCUCUGCCAAGAAAAAAUCCUAACGAGAAACUUAUUCAGGCUGAAACCACUGAAACGGGAACGGUAAAGCUAACGGUGUUCUGGCAAUACGUGAAGGCUGUCAGCCCUGUCAUUUCUUCAGUGAUAUGUUUCCUAUAUUGCUGUCAAAAUGCUGCUGCCAUUGGGGCCAAUGUGUGGCUCAGUGACUGGACCAACGAGCCGGUGAUAAACGGGACUCAGCACAACACAAGCAUGCGAAUUGGAGUCUAUGCUGCCUUGGGCCUCUUGCAAGGCCUCAUAGUACUCAUCUGCUCCUUUACUCUGGCCAUGGGAGGCAUUAAUGCAGCCCGGACGCUCCAUGCGGCGCUGCUGGAGAACAAACUUCACACCCCGCAGUCCUUCUAUGACACCACCCCAACCGGCCGAAUCAUCAACCGCUUUUCAAAGGACAUCUAUGUGAUCGACGAAGUAAUCCCACCAACCAUCUUGAUGUUCCUCGGAACAUUCUUCACCUCUUUAUCAACAAUGAUUGUAAUUAUAGCGAGUACUCCGCUCUUCGCUGUGGUUAUAGUUCCGCUUGCAAUUCUGUACUUCUUUGUUCAGCGAUUCUACGUAGCUACCUCCCGCCAGCUGAAGCGUCUUGAGUCUGUGAGCAGAUCUCCCAUCUACUCGCACUUCUCAGAAACAGUAUCAGGGGCCAGUGUCAUCAGAGCCUAUAGAAGAGUGAAGUCCUUCAUAGACAUCAGUGAUCUGAAGAUGGAUGAAAAUCAGAAGAGUUACUAUCCUGGCAUAGUAUCGAACAGGUGGUUGGGCGUUCGAGUUGAAUUUGUGGGGAACUGUAUUGUCCUUUUUGCUGCCCUUUUUGCUGUGAUUGGUAAAAACAGCCUGAAUGCUGGCUUGGUAGGACUUUCAGUAUCUUAUGCAUUACAGGUGACCUUGUCUCUGAAUUGGAUGGUCCGAAUGACUUCUGAACUUGAAACUAACAUUGUGGCUGUUGAAAGAAUAAAAGAGUAUUCAGAAACUGAAACAGAGGCUCCCUGGAUCAUUGAGGGCAAGAGUCCCCCAGAAAACUGGCCAUCCAAGGGAGAGCUGGAGUUUGUGAAUUAUUCAGUGAGGUACAGGAAGGGCCUGGAUCUAGUGCUGAAGGGUCUAAACCUCAAAGUGCAUGGUGGAGAAAAGAUUGGAAUUGUUGGCAGAACUGGAGCAGGAAAGUCCUCCAUGACGCUCUGUCUCUUUAGGAUCUUGGAAGCCGUAAAAGGGGAAAUUAAAAUUGAUGGUGUGAAAAUUUCAGAGAUUGGUCUCCAUGACCUUCGAUCAAGGUUAACAAUUAUUCCUCAGGAUCCUGUUCUCUUUUCUGGAACAUUGAGAAUGAACCUGGAUCCAUUUAAUAAGUAUACAGAUGAAGAAAUAUGGAAAGCCCUUGAACUGUCUCAUUUGAAGAGGUUUGUCAGCAGUCAGCCGUCCAUGUUGGACUAUGAAUGCUCAGAAGGUGGAGAAAAUCUUAGUGUUGGCCAAAGGCAACUCGUCUGUCUGGCAAGAGCGCUGCUUCGCAAGACAAGAAUCUUGAUCCUAGACGAAGCGACAGCAGCUAUCGAUCUUGAGACGGAUGAUCUUAUCCAGAUGACAAUUAGGACCCAGUUUGAAGACUGCACAGUGCUGACAAUAGCGCACAGGCUGAACACAAUUAUGGAUUACACAAGGGUUCUUGUUCUAGACAACGGAACCAUAGCUGAAUUCGAUACACCUGCAAGCCUUAUAGCAUCAAAGGGUAUUUUCUACAGUAUGGCCAAAGACGCUGGACUAGCAUGAAAAGACAACCCCUUGGGUUUUUGGUUUGGGGUUUUUUUUUUAAUAUCACUGACUUGCCACAAAAGUGACUUGUGAAUGUACUGUGAUUUACAAAACAGUUUUUGUAGUAGACUAAGCUUGUGAUACGUGAACAAAGUACUUUACAAUUAUAAGGACCAGAAAGUGAAUUUUUUAUUUUUAAAUAUUUUCUAUAUACAUAAAGUAUUUUACUAUAUGCUUUUUUCCCCAAAGAAUGCCAAACAUUCUGCCAAGAAAAUGUAUGUAUCACAGGGCAAUAUGUACUGUAUUCAGGUUUAUAAUUAGUAAAUUAUAUUAAU